AUGGCACCGAAAUCAGACCCGUUCCCAGGCUUCACGGCCAUCACCGACCAGAUUUUCUUUCGCGAAGGUGAACCAGUAACAGAGGGCACGCAGCCAUCAGCAGAUCACCCAAGGGUCGUCAUCAUUUACAGCUGGGGCGACGCCAUACCAAAACACGUCUCCAAAUACGCCGAUGGAUUCCGCACACUCUUUCCGCACGCAAAACAGAUCGCCGUGCUCUCGCCCAUCGUCAAAGCCAUGAGAGAGGACCUUCAGACCCGCUCCAACAACAUGAAGCCCAUCAUCGAAGCCGCCUAUCCCUCGACAACGUCCGGAACACCAGACCCCAACGAAGAUGCGGUCCUCAUGCAUGUCAUGUCCAACACGGGCGGCAUCAACUACGCUGGAACGCUGCACGCCUACCAAGAGAGAUUCGGUCGCCCCAUGCCGCAUCGCCUGUCUAGCUACGACUCGACGCCCGGCAGCGUGAUCAUGACCUGGAACAACCUCAAGCGCUGGUCUCUGGCCAUGACCCUUGGCACCGCUGGUUGGUUUCCCUGGCCGUUCGUUGUGACACAGUGCAUCAUGGGCGUCUUCCUCCUUCUGAAUCACAGCUUCGAGCACCUCACCGGCCGGGAAAGCGCGCCUGUCUUCAGCGUCGCGGCCAUUGGCGACACGAAGUAUGUUUCCAAGGGAUCCCGCAAACUGUAUCUGUAUAGCAAGGAGGAUCCGCUCAUUGGCUGGGAGGAUAUCGAGGAGAAUAUGGCCGAGUCGAAGGGCAAGGGCUACGCCUAUGAUGCGGUGCGUUUCGAUGGCAGUGGCCAUGUUGGGCAUAUGCGGAUGCAUCCUGACCAGUACUGGAACGCUAUUGCAUCGGCUUGGAAAGAAACGUGA